AUGGCCGCUCAGCCUGCCCAAGCUUUCGCGUCGCACCUCAUCAACCAGACCCUUUCCUCCAUCGCCCUCCUCGAAUCCCUCUCCCUCCUCAACCCCUCAGACGCCUCUCUCAUCCGUCAGAAGCUCCCUUCACCCACCGGCCCCUUCCCCAGUCUUGCCCCUCCCUCCCCCUCUGCCUCUUUCACCAACCUCACCAUCGCCCAGUCGCCCUCCUCAUGGGCUGUCCAAAACAGGGAUGAUCCCUCCCCGCAGCAGUCACAUUCCGUCGCCUCGACACCCGCGCCUCCGUCACUUCCGCCCAGGCAGCGUCCCCCAGCGGAGCAGAGAGCGAAGGCUUUGUGGGACUUCAUUGGAACUCAAGCAGAUGAUUUGCAGUUUCGUAGUGGCGACAUACUCAUCAUUGACGAGGAGGUGAAUGACCAGUGGUCUAGAGGAAGGGUGAUACCCAACGGCCACCAUGCGCCUCUCCCCAGGUCUGGCCUGUUCCCUUCCAACUAUGUUGAAAAGAUCGAACCUCAGCUGCAACAAUCUCAUCAGCCCUCUCAGCAGAUCCCCUACUAUCAAUCGUCGCCCGCCCCAGGCGGCAUGGUACCCUAUCAGCCACCUCAACAGCCAUAUUACGACCAAAAACAGCCCAUGCACAUGAUGCCUCCCCAGCAACAGAUGCAGGGCGGCGUAGUCGUGCAGCAGCCGGAACAGAACAAGGGCAAAUUUGGCAAGAUAGGCGGACAGCUGGGUACAGCUGCGGUAACGGGCGUUGGUUUCGGUGCUGGGUCAGCUGUUGGCAGCGGUAUAAUCAACUCCAUUUUCUGA